GAUGUCGAUAUGCAAAUAAACGAGAAACCGGCCUAACACCAUCAAAUUUCAGUAAAGGGUGCUCACAUUCCGCACGAUGCGAAAAGGAAAGGAACCAUAGAAACAUCUGAUUUUCACAUUUGCUUGAGAAAUGGAGACAAAUAGGCCAGAAACUGGCCUUUUCGAGAACGAAGAUGAUCUUGACUUACCUAAGAUAACCGGUAGGUCAGAAAGUGUAUUCAAUGGACACAAGCUGCAUGCAAGUCCAAAGUUCCUGCUACUGCUCAGCCACUUCUUUUCAGCAUGGGGGGACAGGAUGUGGAUGUUUGCUGUUGGUUUAUAUCUUGUUGAGCUAACACCAAACUCUCUGAGACUUACAGCUAUAUAUGGCCUAUCUGUGUCUGCGAUGCUAGUGCUGUUUGGUUCAAGCAUAGGGCGUUGGGUUGAUGCAAACAGAAGGCUGAAAGUGAUUCGUGUGUCAUUGGUGCUGCAGAAUGCUCUUGUGAUUGUGAGUGCCUUAGUCAUUCUAGGGAUCCUUUUUCGCAAGCCAGGACAUCCAUUAUUGCUCAAACUUUGUGAAGCUACAAUCAUAGUUCUUGGGUCUUUUGCGAAUCUCGCUAGUCAAGCCUCGACAAUUGCUAUCGAAAAAGACUGGGUCGUCGUUGUUUCCGUGGGUGACAAAGACCUUCUGGCUGACCUGAAUGCAAAGAUGAGGCGCAUUGAUCUGUCGUGCGCCAUUCUCGCACCCAUUGCAGUUGGCCUGAUAAUGACUCUUGGAUCAAACUUUGCUGGCAUUAUAUUUAUUUGUGGUUGGAACACAAUCUCUUUCUUUGUCGAGUACUACCUACUGUCACUUGUUUACAGAGCAGUUCCUCGUUUAGCGAUCAAAAUGUCUGCUCUUGACAAGAAAGAUCAUUUUCGUGGCUCAAUUGAAAGUAUACACGAAGGAGAUGAGUUCUCAAAAAUAAUGGAGGAGGAGAAUCUAAAUCUGAUUGACACUAGCGCUGAUUCAAAUUGCUUCAAGAUGGCAUGCAGUAAGAUACGCAGCUUCUGGGAUGGUUGGCGCGUAUACUUCAAGCAGGAUGUCGCUUUGGCGGGCACUUCUUUGGCAUUCCUGUAUCUAACAGUCCUUGGCUUUAGUUCAGUGACAACCGGUUAUGUGUAUACUCAAAAGAUUUCAGGCGCAGUUUUGAGUGUGUGUUACGGUGGCGGCUCUCUGGUGGGGAUUAUCGGUACAUUUCUCUUUCCUCGCAUUCGAAAGAAGGCUGGACUUGUGAAGACAGGGCUGAUUUCCUUCUGGUUCCAAUGUUCCAUGCUUGCUCUUUGUGUCGCGUCUGUUUGGGCACCAGGCAGUCCAAGUGACUUAUAUUCAGAGCAUAAUCACAUUUGGCAGCAGCAAACGAAAUCGGCAAAGCAUCUUACUGAAAUGAGUAACAGAAGUGGCUUAGCUAUUCAUGGCAAGAUAAUAAAAUCAUUCCCAAUCAUGGAGGCAAAUAAGACUUCGCCAAAACCAGAUGAAAAGUUCUCAUAUACAUCAGUAAGCCUCUUUCUCACAGGGCUGAUUCUUUCUCGCGCAGGGCUGUGGAUGACCGAUCUUACUGUAACACAGCUACUGCAAGAAAAUGUUGCCGAAAUGGAGCGUGGGAUUGUCAGUGGCACACAAGGCUCUUUCAACGCGGUUCUAGACAUGGCCCACUACGUGCUAACGAUUGGAUUACCUCGACCGAAUCAGUUCGGUAUACUGACCCUAAUAUCCUUCGCUGCAGUAAUUUUUGGCUAUGUUACUUACAUUCUUUUCUUCUUCCUAAAAGCUAAGGAUCUCCAUUCCAAAGGUAGAGACAUGGUCAGUGUCUCUUCACUGGAGUGGAGUCGCAAAAGAAAAGCUAACAAGGACGAUCCAGAGUCCAAAGGACUGGCUACACUUGAUGAUGACGAAGAGGAAGUAAUUCGUGGAACAUUGCAGGUGCGCCAUCAGGAUUCAGAAACAGCUAAUAUUUUAUGAUAUUUUGUACAUUGUAACGCAUCAUGUGAAAUGCUAAUGAGACGCUUUAUUCGCAAGUCUGCGUAGAUUUUUAUAUAAAACUGUGCUUAUUUGUAGAAAUACUUAAAAGAUAAUUCGAGAAGUCAUGAGAUCUUGCUAUUGCUAAUUAGACCAGGUGCUGCUUAAAAUAAUAGUUGACAGAUUUGUCGCUCGUGAACUAUGUAGAAUAAAAUUGCUGUAUGUUAUUAUUUCGUGUAAAUGUAAGCUUAGUUUGCAGGUUUCAAAUCAUGUUUGUAAAUGUUGUCUUCAAGGCGAUAGGUUGUCCUGUGUAUACGUUAAGACAGCUUAAGACCUAGGGUAUGAGUAUGGGCACAAGUUUCUUUUAACAAAUAGCUUUUUUUCUAUCUAUCUCAAGAUGCUUGGUUUCCUUUAUUUUAUGCUAGAUAGGAAUGUAGUAAGUGUGCAAUCUCGUACUUGAUACUGUUAUGUUUUUCAUCCAAAGAACAGAAAAUUCUUCGAUUCUAUUAGAUUUGCUCUUAUGAUUUGCCAUAAACCUUAGUAGUUUUAUCUUGAGAUGGUUUUGAUUCGUUUUUAGGCGUGUAUGCACUUUGUGUAGAUUAGAAUGACCAAAUUUGUAAAUGUGAUCCUCGGUAGAUGUAGAUUAUCUUUUAAUAACGAUGGUUUAAAUUCCUUUGCCCGAAUAUUUGUCGUUUUCUACUGAGACCUCCACUAGCAUUGUGUUGAAUUCCCUUUCAAACGGGCCGCGGCAAUGAAAUUGGUUUGUUAAUGGAAAGGAGUGUGAGGGCAACGAAACAUCAAGGCCAUUACCCUGUACCAAUUUCUCAAAAUGCCCCGUCAAAUAUAUCUGCCUAUAUAGGGCCAAGGGUCAUCCUUAAUUGUUAGUUUGAUUUGUUGCGACGAGUUCUAAUUUAAUUCAUUUUGACUUGCAAUAGUAGCAUCCGUUGAUUCAUAAUCAUAACCCUUCCCUGGACAUUGCGCGAUUUGAUGUCAUACAUCUCAGUGUUUUCAUUUCAUGAUGCGAUGGUUUUCCUGCCCCAUAUGCUUUGACGUGACUGCCUUUCAUCAAUAAACUGGUAUUAUAAUUUUGUUGGACGUUCUUUUAUUCUAAACUAACAUCAGUAUUCUGGUAGUGUCAAGUUCGUCAACAGGGUUAAUUUUAGUGUCACAGCAAAGACAAGAAGUGAUGAUAUGAUAUUUUGGGGAGAUUGAUUGAUUUUUAAACGUCCUCCAAUUUUGCAAAGUUUAUGAAGCUGUUUUGUACGAUGGGGGUUUUUCAAUUUCGAAUGAACUGAAUAUUGGUUGAAACGGGAUUGCUUACUGUUUUCUUGUCGUCUGCCUAAAUAAAACCAGACCUUUUUUCGAAACAAAAUUGCACGUGCUUAUUUAUGAUCGGAGAUUCAUUGGUUUUUGGAAAAAUAAGAAUAGACGGUGCAAAUCCAGGCGCACGUGCCUUUAUUUUUCUUGGAAAUGCAUGGAAAGUCGUUACGCAGGAAAUUUCUUGAAAGGUUUGUGGUACAAUUUGUCCUACGCCAAGACAUAUAUGAAAAUAAACAUGAAAUAUAAGUAUGAAAUAUAAAUGAAUAAAUUUUCUAGAAAUAGUGUGCAUUGGUCAAUUAUAUAGGUUUAAUUCUUUAAAGACUUUAGAGUCAAAGAAACAACAGAAUUCGCAGAAAUUAACAAUACAAAAUUGAAGGAAGCAUAGCAAUUGAAAAACAGAGAAGAAGCAGGUGCCAUAUUUCGAUUAAGGCUUAUUUUUUAUUUUCUCUUGACUGUGUUUUUGAGUAGAAAACAUUACUGUUAUAAGUAAACAGCUCCUAUUUUUAAAUACAAACGCAUGGGCCUAUUAAUUAAGUGCGCGUUUAUUUCGAGCAAGAAAGUGUGCGUUAAGCUCGUAGCAUUCUCAAUUUUGUGAAAUGUUGCCCAGGCGUCCUGGGUCACUUCAGGGGCCGGGUAGCCAUUGGGCUAGCAGUAACUAUAAAGCGCCCAUACUUUUUGCAAUAAUAGGUUUAAAAAAAUUUUCGAACAUGGAAUUUCUAAUUUGUCUUUUCAUAACCAAUAUUUGUGUCAAUCAUUUUAUAAUUGCAGUGAAGAUGGAAAUGUAUUAUCAUUCGGUCAACACCAGCAUGAAAAGCCAACAAACAUGCUGCAUACGAGAGUCCGUGCUUUGCCAAGAAAACAUCUUGUAGCAAAACUCUUUUCAAAACCUAAAAGGUCUUGGCUUUGAUUCUCUAUACAAAUUAGAAGUAUGUACGUUCAUGCUCGAAUUUUUUAUUAACAAUCAUAAUGAGCUUUUUGAUAAAUUCACAAAAACUUCUUCUCUUCUUGAUUAUCAAACCAGAAAUUCCGCCUUUGUCCCAACUGAAUUCAAAAGUAAGUCAAUAAUCUUUCAAGACAAAAAAUUUGGAACAAUUUGGUAUUUAGCCAUCUCUUAAUUAAAUAAACUAUGACUAAUUAUAUAAACAAUUUGGUAUUGAGUUUUUUCCACAUAUCCCGCAGCUCAUUUCAGUUAAGUUCAUUUCAUUUCAAGUUCACUACAUACAAUUUAGUGAUAAUAACUAAACAAACAACACGUUUGGCAGGAAAUUCAAAUAAUACUAUGCAAGAACAUAAAAACAAAGUAAACUGCAUGGAGGGAAUUAUUUAGAGGAGGAGAUGGGUAAAUUAUCGAGGAGAGAGCAUCCCCUGGUAAAGCUUUCAUUUUUUGUAAUAGUUACUGUUAUGAAAUCAGUGCCGUCGGAACGAAAUUCAUAUUG